CGCCGCCCCCUCUGCCGCCGCCCCCCGACUCCGACUCCGAGCCUCGAGCCCGCCCGCGGCCCCCCACGCCCGCGCGUCCGCGCCCAGCCAGAGGGGACGAUGGUGGCCCACGCAGCGGCCGACGACGUGCCGCACCCCACCAUGCCCAUGAGGAUCUUCUCCGCCGGGGUGUCCGCCUGCGUGGCUGACAUCAUCACCUUCCCGCUGGACACCGCCAAAGUCCGGCUGCAGGUGCAAGGAGAAAGCCCCAACGCCCCUGGCAUUAAGUACAAAGGGGUGCUGGGAACCAUCGCCACGGUGGCCAAGACAGAGGGACCCCUGAAACUCUACGGGGGGCUCCCCGCGGGCAUCCAGAGGCAGAUCAGCUCUGCCUCGCUCCGCAUCGGCCUCUACGACACGAUGCAGGAAUACUUCGACGUCCACAAAGAGACCCCGGCAACCUUAGGGAACAAGAUCAUGGCUGGCCUCAUGACCGGCGGUAUGGCGGUUCUCAUCGGGCAGCCCACCGAGGUGGCCAAGGUCAGGAUGCAGGCACAGAGCAAACUGCACUGGUUCAAGCCCCGUUACACGGGGACGUACAACGCCUACUACGUGAUCGUGACCACGGAGGGCCUCCUUGGGCUGUGGAAAGGGACAAGUCUCAACCUGACAAGGAACGUCAUCAUCAAUUGCACGGAGCUGGUGGUAUACGACGUCCUCAAGGAGGCCCUGGUGAAGAACAACCUGCUAGCAGAUGACGUGCCUUGCCACUUCGUGUCGGCGCUGGUGGCUGGGUUUUGCACGACGGCGCUGUCUUCUCCCGUGGAUGUGGUGAAAACUAGGUUCAUCAACUCCCCGCCGGGCCACUACCCGAGCGUGCACAGCUGUGCCCUCAACAUGCUCAGGAAGGAAGGCCCCUCGGCUUUCUUCAAAGGAUUUGUGCCCUCCUUCCUGCGGCUGGGGUCCUGGACCGUCAUCAUGUACGUGUGCUUCGAACAGCUGAAGAAAGAACUUGCCAAGUCCAGGCAGACCGUGGACUGCAGCACAUAAUCCCCCCCACCCACAAGGGGUCUCCACAGGGGGGCCGCCGCGCACCGGCGCCCGCUCACUUCCCUGCACCCUAAAAAGAUAUGGGAAUUCUGGUAGAGUAGAGCAUUGGGAUUUUUUUUUAAAGGAUCUAUUAAUACCUAUUUUGUGUGACUUUUACUGUGCUCUGAGGAGGGCCGAGCAGGACACGCGUGUUCCUUCACCCCGGCACUGUGGCGAGGAGAGAGGCUUGCUCUGGCCAGGGCAGGGAUUUCACCAUCAGUGAGGAAGGACUUGCACGUGCCUUCCAGUGCAGACCGAUGAGAAAAGCAGGCUGACUGGAAUGCGUUUUUGUAUUUAUAUACGCUUAAAAAUGAACAGCUGUCAGAGAAAAUGUCACUGUUUUCUACUGAUUAACCCAGU